AAGAAAAUUUAUUUCCACACAAUUAAGAGGUGCUCUAAACGCUUAAGCGAUAGCAUUGAACACGAAUAAGCCCCUAAACUUCGCGAGUCUUAUUUUUCAUUAUUCAAUUCAAUUCAAUUUCCAUCUUCAACACAAGAAGCAAUUUCAUUUCACUCGAAUCCCAAUAUUUACUUCUUUCCUUCUUUACUAAUCGUGAAGUCUCAACAAUGGCGACAGCUCUAACUGAAAGGAGUAGUCCCGCUCCAAUAGGAAUAACAACUACUCUUGGCGAUGGAUUACGGCAUUACUAUCUCAAACGGAUCAAUGAGCUUGAACAUCUUUUCCGUCAAAAAUCCCUGGAUCUCACCCGUCUUGAAGCUCACCGUAAUGAGCUUAAUUCUCAAGUGAGGAUGCUCAAAGAGGAACUAAUGUUACUUCAAGAGCCAGGAUCAUAUGUUGGUGAAGUAGUCAAAGUCAUGGGGAAGUCUAAGGUCUUGGUUAAGGUCCAUCCAGAAGGGAAGUAUGUUGUUGAUGUUGAUAAGAGCAUUGACAUAACAAAACUUACACCUUCUACUAGAGUUGCUCUUCGAAACGACAGUUAUGUCCUUCAUCUGGUCUUGCCGAGUAAAAUUGAUCCUUUGGUGAACCUUAUGAAAGUUGAGAAAGUACCUGACUCUACUUAUGACAUGAUUGGAGGUUUGGACCAGCAAAUUAAAGAGAUGAAGGAGGUUAUUGAGCUUCCAAUUAAACACCCUGAGUUGUUUGAGAGUCUUGGUAUUGCUCAACCAAAGGGAGUUUUGCUUUAUGGCCCCCCUGGCACUGGAAAAACCCUGCUUGCUAGGGCAGUGGCACAUCACACUGACUGUACAUUUAUAAGGGUAUCAGGGUCAGAGUUAGUACAAAAAUAUAUCGGAGAGGGUUCUCGGAUGGUUAGAGAACUUUUUGUCAUGGCCAGGGAACAUGCUCCUUCUAUCAUUUUUAUGGAUGAAAUUGAUAGUAUUGGAUCAGCAAGGAUGGAAUCUGGGUCUGGAAAUGGGGAUAGUGAAGUUCAAAGAACUAUGCUAGAGCUUCUUAAUCAACUAGAUGGAUUUGAAGCAUCAAAUAAGAUCAAAGUUUUGAUGGCUACAAAUCGUAUUGAUAUAUUGGAUCCUGCACUUCUUAGACCUGGAAGGAUUGAUAGGAAAAUUGAAUUUCCCAAUCCCAAUGAAGAUUCUCGCUUUGACAUCUUGAAGAUCCACUCAAGGAAAAUGAAUUUGAUGCGUGGGAUUGAUUUGAAGAAGAUUGCAGAAAAAAUGAAUGGUGCAUCUGGGGCAGAGCUGAAGGCUGUUUGUACCGAAGCAGGCAUGUUUGCUUUGAGGGAGAGGAGAAUUCAUGUAACACAAGAAGAUUUUGAAAUGGCGGUAGCCAAGGUCAUGAAAAAGGAUACUGAAAAGAACAUGUCCUUGAGGAAACUGUGGAAGUAAUCUGCAUGAAUCACGUUGAUUUUUCCUUAACUGGAAAUUUUGCUCGACAAAAACAGAAAAUGUCAUUAUAGUAUUGCUCCUUAUAUAUGUUAUAUUAGCUAAUUCCAAUAUUAGAUUUUUCGCAUCAGCAACAGACAUCUGCUUGAUUUGUUCUUAAGAAAAUCCGAUCCCAGAAUGGCUGAUCUUAUAGAAGUAUUAACAGGAGUAAAAUUAUGUUGCAGGGGGGUCAAUUGGUAUUUUGUACAUGUUUAACAAUAUACCGCUGUUGUAUCGUGCUUCCAUAUCGUUUACCCUUUGUUACUUUUAGCCGUCUCUUUUUUUCUCGUCUGGCAUAGAUGGAGGUGGGCUGUGCAAAAUUGGAUAGUGUCGGUGGUUUGGAUUUGGAUCAGUUGAACUUAGACCAAAAUUGAACUAGAUCGGGAGCAUCAGGUUCGGUCUUUGGUCCUUUAAAAUUUAGAAAUUUGGGUUUCAGUUUGAUUUCGACUUGAAAAAUUCACAAAUUUAAGGAUAAAAAUGACAUUAUUCCUAUGUAUGAAUAUGGUAAACAUAAAUGUAGUACUUGCAAGUUAAACAAGGUCACUAAAAAAUCAUUUGGUACUUGUGUGAUUUUCAAAGCGCUCUAUCUUUAAGAAAAAAAAAGUAUAUGAUUAUUUUGAUCGAUAAUUUCUCUAGAUUUUGUUGUGUAUUUAUUACACUCUAAAGAUGAAGCAUUGAGUAUGUUUAAAAUUUUUAAGAAUG